GAGAAUUCCCACAUCUCCUCCAGGACUGUGAACGCACCAUAGUUGACCGGUAACGGCUCCGUUUGCUGCCAGAAGAUCCGUUUCUGUCACCGAUUUCUCCUCAUAAAUGUUAAAAUGGCUGACGUUGAAGAAAUACUGAAGAGGAUCCAGAGUCAUAGAGGAGUUGAAGGAGCCAUCAUCGCCACCUCUGAAGGAAUCAUCAUGAGGUCGACUCUGGAAGAACAGAUCACUGUGCAGUACGUGGCCCUGAUCCAGCCACUGCUGAUGAAGACCAAGAAGACCCUGCAGGACAUGGACUCAGAGGAUGAGCUCACCCACCUGCGCCUCCGCACUGAGAAGAACGAGCUAAUCAUUGCUGCAGAUAAGGAUUAUUUCAUGGUCGGUAUCCACAAGCCUUCACCCUGAAACAGCUGCUGAGGCCUCUUCGCUCUGCAGCUUCUUGUGUUUCCAAACAGAUUGCUGCUACGUUGUUUAAUGACUGUUUAUUUUACUUGUUAGAGGUUUGUUCUGAGUUGUAGUUUGAUGCAUCUUUAGAUUCAUUAUUGUAUUAAAGUAUUAAACAUGUGAGCAGCAAGCUACAUUUUCAA